CGGUGUAUCACUGCGCUGCAAACUGCCUAAAGAUCGCCGGCUUGUUUGGCUUGGCUAGCUUAUCGAUGAAAGAAUAGAAACUGAAUUCAAACCUCUGUUCUGUGCAGCUAUCCCUAAACAUUGGACAAACUUUGGAAGUCGACAUUGAGGCAGGUUAAAGGCAAAACAAAAAAAAGAAUAAAUACGAAACUAAAUGCAAUAUAGGCUACCAGAUUUGUGUAUGUUAAAAACUAGAAUCUGCAACUUUUUAUUUUCAUUGUAAAGCGCUUGUGGAAACAAGAUCUACUUCUGCUUUUAAUCUAGCUAGCAGCAUUGACACAUUUUUGGCUUAUUUAUCCAUCAUUUGGUUGAAAUCUAGAUCUAACAUGAUUUGAAUAUGGAGAACUUUCUGAAGUCUCAUGUUGUUAUUUUCUCUGUCUUCAUAAGUCGAAUAUUAGGCACUGAAGUUAUGUUCCAAUAUGAGGCGAGUGACGACACUGGUGAUCAAAUGCCCGACCAGUUCAAUGUGACUUUUAGCACAGAAACGAAAUUUCUAACCAAAUUCAAUCUCAAGCGUUCGCAGAGUUUUGACGUUAACAUUCCUCUCUAUACUCUCGACGUCGAUAAGAAAGGCUUUUUUCAAAAACAAAAAGUGAAUAUUAGACCCACAAAGGCUAUAGGCUACUACCAUGAUACUAACCACAAGGCUGUGUUUUGUAUUAAAAGGUCACACGAAACAUUGUGGAACAAUAACUCUAAAUUUCACUUGAAAACUGUAUUUCAAAUGGAUAACUCCGAAUACCUGUUUGACUCUGAUAACAGGACGCCUAAAAAACCUUGGAGAAAUCUGUCCCUCGAAACACUUUCUAGUUCUAGAAGAAAUGAAUCUACUACACCUCGCUCUAGGACAACAUUUGACCGAUAUGUUUAUAAGUUAGAAUUGCUUAGAAGCACAACAUUUGAUCUGUUUGACACACAAAUACAACCGCCAGAAGUAGAAAAGACUGUUCGAUGGAAUGUCAUCAAUCAGUCAACAUCAUGGUCAGACCCACCAAGCAGACGCCGCCGAAACGCAUUGCGUGACUACUACGUGGAUGUAGUGGCGUUGAUUGACAGAUUACGUUUCGAAUGGUUUCUAAAACAAGCUAAAAAUGACUACAACACUGCGAGGCGAAAUAUUCAAGAGCACUAUGCUAUGGUGUUUAGCGGGGUUAACAUGCUUUAUAAAGGCAUCAACCAUCCAAACUACACGAUUCAUAUUCGUCUGUGUAAAAUUUUCAUCUUUGAGGCACCCACUGCUGCAAAUUUUAUUAGCAAGUACGCUUCAGAUGGUAAAAUAAACGCCCAUUUGGCUCUAGAAGCUCUCGAAAAAAUUGUUCAAGGUGCUGGGAAUCCAAUCGUCGGCUAUUACGAUCACGUGAUUUUGUUUACUGGCUUUGACCUCUUCGGAAACGAAAGUUCUGGUAAAAUUAAUUACGCAAUCGUAGGUAUUACUAAUCAGAAAGCUAUGUGCCGAAAAGAUGGAUCUAGCUGUGCUGUAAUAGAAGAUCGCAGAGGAACUUAUUUAAAAACAGUUGCACAUGAACUUGGGCAUAGCCUUUCAGCCAAACACGACGGGGAUGGCAACUCCUGCUCUAAGUUUGACAGAUACAUUAUGAGUUCUGGUGUAUUAAGUAAGCAAACUCCGGAAACAAAAUAUAAUCCAUGGCAAUUCUCUUCCUGUAGCGUAAAUAACUUUACAACCUUUUUGACUGAGUUUGGUAGCAGAAGCUAUCGAUACAACUGUCUAGCUUACGCUAUUGAAGCUUCAGAUGACAUUCCAGAUGUAUCUAAUAAACUAUUGGGUCAGUUCAUUAAACCUAAUCAACAGUGUCAACUAAAGUACGGAAAUGCUUCCUACUAUUGCAAGGGUGAAAAAAACACUAACAUUGAGGACAUAUGUCAUUCUCUGUACUGUCGAGAUCUUUUGAAAUCUGGUGACUGUAAAUUGAUGGAAGCAUAUAUCGGGACGUCCUGUGGCGAUGGAAAAAUCUGUAUGUAUGGAAAAUGUGUCAGCGACCCAUAUGCUCCACCUGUUGAUGAGACAUGCGUAUUCGGAGACGUACAUGAAGAUCACUGCAAAUCAUUGAUCAGUACAUUUGUAGGCAACUGUUACCAAAGUAAACACUAUGACCUCUGUUGUGGCACCUGUAACAAUAUGUCUAGACCCAUUAAAGGUUGUGAAUACGGUGACAAAAAAGAAAAUUGUCAAACAUAUCACUGUGCUAAAGAAAAAGAGACAUGCUGUGGCACUUGUAAUUACGGUACACCUUUUACCCCAAUCACUAGAAGAAACAUAGCAAUGAGACCCACAUCAGCGAAACCACUUCUGAUUCGUAGAUCGCCCAAAGUGGCUAGAGUUUGUAAACCAGGAGCUUUAGACUUGAGACCAGAACUGUGUCAUGACCCUAGUGUCUGCAAGAAUCAGUUUUUUCUAUGCUGUGAAUAUUGUUUGACAUAUUUUACACUUCCAACUAGAACAACCAUUUCACGUUAUGAUUGUGCCCCAGGAGACUUAGACUUAUUACCAGAACUGUGUACUAACAUUAGUAUCUGCCAGACACACCGAUCAAGGUGUUGUGAGUAUUGCUCACGAAUGGAGAAUUAUACAGUCACAAUUACCAUCGAGAUAACUUCACCUCAAGAUUGUGCAGCAGGAGACUUAGACUUAUUACCAGCAAUGUGUGCUAACAUUAGUAUCUGCCUGACAAACCGAUCACUUUGCUGUGACUAUUGCUCGCGAGUUGAGAAUUAUACAGUCACAAUGACCACCGGGAUCACUUCACCCAAAGAAUGUGUACUGGGAGAGCCAGACUUAAAUCCAGAGUUGUGUACUAGCCCAAGUGUCUGCCAGACACAGCCACUGAUGUGCUGUAAUUACUGCACCUACAAUUCUGGAGCCAUUUUUCAUCUAUACGAUACUUGGGUUUAUCGUUGUUUUUACAUUCAUUGCAUUUUCUUUUUGUCAAAACAAAUGUCAGCUUAAUAGAUCUAGAAGUCCACUGAUGUUAAUGUUUCUCAUAUUUUGAAAACAAAAUGUUUCACAAUUUAUUGUUCAUACCUAUUUUUAUAUCUUUAUCUUUGUAAUACACUUUAAUAUUUAUCACAAUACAGCAAUCUUUCAAUGUAUAUUUGCUAUCUCCGAUCUUAAAAAAGUACACCAUAUUACCUAUUCAUAUGUAUAAAGUGGAAGUGGUUUCAUUAGUGUCUGAUACGUAGGUCAAAUGUAUGAACGUUUACAUUUAACAAAAAAAAAGUUUUUAGAUAUAUAAAUUUGUACCAAUUAUCUUUUAUUACAAAGACAAAUAGAAAUGUAACUUUACCUUAUAAAUGUGCAUUAUAUAUUUGACAGGCAUUUUUAAAACUUUGUUUAUCCUGAGCUUUGAGUGGGUUAGUUAAAUUUCUCAAUUACGGUAUGCUGUCCAGACAUAAAGAGAGAUGAACAACUCCCACACAUUUUAUUUGCUUAGCUCAUCACAUUUUCAUAGAUGGACAGGUGACCUCAUUAAAUAAUGUCAACAUGUUGACACUGUCUAGUGGUCAAAACUUGGCUUUCUAGGGAACUGAAUUUGUUUUCUUAGAGAAACAUUUAAAUUAUUGAGCUGGACUUCAAGCCAAAACUCUACACAGAUAACCGGGAAAUGAGUAUGCUUACUUGGAGAUAAAUUUCAAGUAAGGCGCUAGACAUGUCACAACUUAAGACGGUAUCUAACUUUCUUAUUUGGAGAUACAUUUCAAGUAAGGCGCUAGACAUGUCACAACUUAAGACCGAUAUCUAACUUUCUUACUUGGAGAUACAUUUCAAGUACUAAACUCAUAUUUGAGUAUAGCCUAUUAGCGUAAAAGAAACUGGUCAGUGCUAAAUUAAAAAAGAGAGAUAAACAUCUUCUACUUAUUGUUUAGUUCAUGACUCUGAAUUUUUUGACAAACAUUGACCAUUUCUGAACCAGAUUGGAUUAACGCAUUUGCUAAGACAACAUGUUGACACUGUAAAUAUCUUACACUGGUGAAUUUUAUUUCCUAAUAUAUUAUUUUCAAUAGUGGCGAUGAUUAGAUCACUAUAUUGUUAAUAUUUUGGACGUGUCAAGUAAUUCCUUGUAAAAACUGUUAUUUCUUUCGAUAUGUAUUUAGCCACCAUCAGAUGCAACACAUAGAUGCCAGUAUCAGAAGCGCUUUGUGGCUUUAAAAACACAAGCCUAAUGACCAGUUGAUGGUCUGAAAUGCAUAAACUCAUAUAUCUACUUACUACACAACCCAGCUUGUUUUGUAUUUCAUCUUCAAAUGUGUUGCAUUAGUAUAGUAUACAUUAAUACAUUAAUAUAUUUAAUAUUGACAAACUAAUUACAGAGAUUAUUUCACAAUUUGUACAAAAAUUGCAUUUAAAAAUUACUAGCAGUACACAUCCGUUACGCCCGUUGAUUUACAUAUGCUUCAUUCAUAGAUACGCGCAUUGAUACCAAAUUAAAAUCUAAAUUAAAUGAUGAA